AGCUGGCAGGAGGGGAAUGAACCGUGAGGGCGUCCCCGGAAAGAGUCCGGAGGAGAUGUACAUCCAGCAGAAAGUGAGAGUUCUACUCAUGCUGAGGAAGAUGGGAUCAAAUCUGACGGCCAGCGAGGAGGAGUUCUUGCGCACGUACGCAGGGGUGGUGAACAGCCAGCUCAGCCAACUUCCCCAGCACUCCAUUGACCAGGGUGCUGAGGACGUGGUGAUGGCAUUUUCCAGAUCAGAGACAGAAGACAGAAGGCAGUAACUACAGGACACCUGAACAACACAGAGCUGGAGAGGACAGUGAGACCCCUGAAGAUAGAGGAGGAUGGCUGAGCAUUAAUAAGUUCCUUUGCCCACCCUAAUUGUUCCUUGGUAUUCCUUCUCCUUUGUAAUGUUGUUUCCCUUUGCCCAACCCUCAGGAUGCAUCUCCCAGCCAUCCAUUCCUGUCAGAUUUUGCUCCUCAGCCAGGCUGUGUUCAUUAAGGACAGACCCAGAGGGGUGGUUUUGGUUGGCUCAGAGGGACAGGCAGUGGUUGGCUAAAGGAAGGCAAUUUUUUCAAACUUGACCAAUGGAAAACCUUUUAUCUCACGUUUUAUUUUGUAUUUUAAAGAAAACUCUCUCGACAUCCUACUUCUAAAGAAGCUUUUCAUGCUGUGGUGCUUAUUUAGGUCAAACUUGUGAACUUGAAGAGGGUUUGAUUUGGCUGCAUAGAACUGGAAGCAACUUGUGAUUGGGUGACAAUGCAAAUGCUUUCCCUUCAGUUGGCUUGCAGGUAUUUUGCUGACUCCCAACAUUUUCAUUGCAGGAAGCUGAUGUUUUGGUGCAUUGGUUAUUUCUUUACACUCACUGACUUGCAGAGGGGGGUGGGGGGGAAGGAGACAAAUGUGCUUUGCAAUAUUUAUUACACCUACACACAUAUAAAGGCUUGCUUUUGGGGGGUUGUUUUGGUUUUUUGGUUUUGGUUUUUUUUUUUUUUGAUUGGCUUUGGAGUCAUGUUUUUUGAUUUCCUUUUGGCUGCAGUGUUUCUGAUGCAAUCAGUUUUUCCACACUCAGCUGCUCUGUGGCCUCGAGCUCUUUUUGGGAGCAUGUGUCGAAAAGCAGAUUUGGUUCAAUAAAUCCACCUGUUUAGGCUGGAACAUGGAGAUUCCCAGCCCUCCUGGGCUGUGCCAUGAGCUCCUGGCACACCUGGCUGCUCAGGUGGCUUCUCCCUUUGCUUCUGACAGAGGAGCUGUAGAUGUUUUGCAGGAAUUGCAAGAGUGAGAUCUAUGGCUGUGACAUGAAUUUGCCAAAUUUGUAUAGAGGAUAUGUGAACUUGUUUAAAACAGUACAGAGAGUUCCACUUUAACCCUUUAAUUGCUGCACAAGACUAGCUCUCACAUUAGGAAAAAUUAAUGAUCAUUAACUUAAAUCCAGCUUGCACUGGGGUUUAAUAAACUGAGUUUCUGGUCGCUUGAAAAAUUGUACCUGGUUUGCCUCCUUGCAGCUGUUUGGUGAUAGGGAAAUGCUGUGGAUCCCAAGAUAAUCCCAUUUUCUUCAGGCACUAUUCCAAGAGGCAGGAGCUGCAUUAAGCUGUCCAACACUGAGUGUACAGGUGACACUCUCAGGUUUACUCUCCUUGUAGCUGCAGGGCCUUAAAACACACACACACAAACACACAUUUACAGACUGAAAAACCUGCAGUGGAAUUCCUGAAGUGCACUGACUGUCCAGGAAUCUGCACAUGGUCUUUAGCACUGCUGCCUAAAACCAAGCACUUCAUUCUCUCUCAUGUGUGUGCAGGUGGUUUUUACAAAACUUCUGGAUUUUGCUGUGGGUUGCACUGACUUUGAGAUGUUUCAGAAUCUAUUAAAGCUGAACUCCAUUCACCUGA